UCUACAGUAGUGUUUCAGUUGCUGGCCUGGAUCGUUGAACAAUAGCUUUCCUCAGCGAAUAUGGGUUCAACAUCGCUACACAUCGCAAUGUACCCUUGGUUUGCUAUUGGCCACCUUCGCCCAUUUCUCUACCUUUCAAACAAACUAGCCCAGAAAGGAAAUAAAAUCUCCUUCUUCAUCCCCACCAACACACAACCGAAGAUGAAGCCUCUCAAUCUCUACCCGGAUCGCAUAACCUUUUUCCCCGUCACUGUUCCUCCUGUUGAUGGCCUCCCUCCCGACGCUGAGACCACUUCAGAUGUUCCACCCACUUUAUACCCAAACCUUAUGACUGCCAUGGACCGGACUGAGAAUCAGAUUGAUCUUCUCCUCCGUGACCUUAAACCAGACAUUGUCUUCUUUGAUUUUGCUUAUUGGGUUCCAAAAUUGACACGAAAAUUAGGUAUCAAGUCAAUUCUUUACUGCGUUAGCAGUGCAGCUGCAAUUGGUUACACUCUGGUCCCUGUAAGGCAACGCAGUGGUUACCAUUCCGAGGCUGAGCUUAUGCAGCCCCCAUCUGGUUUCCCAGACUCAUCCAUCACGCUCCAUCCCCACGAAGCGCGAUUCCUUACUGCAUUUGCAAAGGUGAAGUUUGGCAGCGAUGUCCUUUUUCUUGACCGCAUAUUUACAAGCUUUGCUCAGGCUGACGCGCUAGGAUUCUGGGCCUGUAGAGAAAUUGAGGGGCCUUGUAUCGACUAUCUUGUGAGCCAGUUUGAGAAGCCUGUGCUUGUUUCAGGACCAAUUCUAGUAGACCCACCAGCUUCUACUUUUGAAGAAAAAUGGGUUGAAUGGCUAGGAAGUUUCAAGGCGGGUUCAGUAAUUUACUGUGCAUUGGGUAGUGAGUGCAAGUUAACGAAAGACCAAUUCCAGGAAUUGAUAUUGGGUCUUGAGCUUUGCGGUUGGCCAUUUCUUGCAGCACUUAAACCACCCUUUGGGGCUGAGUCUAUUGAAGAAGCACUGCCGGAAGGGUUCGAAGAAAGGAUUAAAGGAAAAGGAAUGGUACAUGGUGGAUGGGUUCAACAACGAUUGAUUUUAGGCCACCCAUCAAUUGGGUGCUUUGUCACGCACUGUGGUUCAAGUUCUUUGCUGGAAGCACUGAGGAGUGAGUGUCAGUUUGUAAUGUUACCACAAUUGAUUGAUCAAAUUAUCACUGCAAAGAUGAUGGCCAAGAGUUUGAAGGUUGGGGUAGAAGUGGAGAGAGGCGAAGAUGCUGGCUUGUUCACCAAGGAAAGCGUAUGCAAAGCUGUGAGGGCUGUGAUGGAGGUUGAUAGUGAGGUUGGGAGGCUGGUCAGAGCCAAUCACGCUAUACUAAGAGACGUCUUGGUUAGCGAAGAUUUACAGUCCUCAUAUAUUGACAGUUUCUCUCAGAAGCUUAAGCAUUUGGUUGGAUAA